AUGGAAAAGUUACUUCAAUGGGCCGUCAACAACAGUGACAACAGCGCUUUAGCUGAACAAGCUGCCGCCAUUCGCCGUGGCGAAGCUCAACCUGAUCCCAAGAGAUAUGAUCCCAAGGUACUUGAAGCCAUCUUGGGUAAAGAUGAUGCUACUCGUAUGAAAGAUGCUGUUGCAUGUAUCAGCGACCCAGAGGAUACAAUUGAAAACAAGGAAAUUGCGCUCGACAACUUGGAGCUACUCAUUGAGGGCAUCGAUAACGCUCGUAACAUUGAAAAUAUGAAGUUAUGGCCUGCCAUCAUUAAACAAUUGGAUCAUGAAGCACCUGAAGUGCGUAAGGGAACUGCUUGGGUGUGUGGUACUGCCGUGCAAAACAACCCUGAAGCACAAAAAGCUUUUAUGGAUAACAACGGUUUAGAGCCUCUCGUGAAACUAUUGAAAGACGAGGACAAGUCUGUUCGCAACAAGGCACAGUACGCUAUUUCUGGUUUCUUGAAGCAUCAUCAAGCUGGCGUAGAGGCAUUUGACAAAUUAAACGGUUUCGAGAGCUUGCAUGAUAUUUUGAAAAACUGUCAAGAUGCAACCAUGUUGAGAAAGGUCGUGUUCUUGUACAACAGUCUGGUAUUUGAUGAUGCUGCUGGACUAACAGAACGUUUGGUCAAGGAUGGUACUUUGGAAGAUUUGGAAAAGGUGCUUGUCAAGUAUACCAAGGAAGAAGAGGAUGAGGAUAUGGUGGAGAAAGCAUUGCGUACUAUCCAUACCAUUAUCACCAAGAGCAAAAUCACCCCCUCAAGUGAAUUGAAGGAACAGUGCAAGGCCGCUCAAGAGAAAUAUGGUGCUGAGCACUUGGGCUUGACUGAUUCAGAGUGGAAGGACUUGUUAUAA